AUCUAAUCCUCUUCUUUAAUCUGUUCGUGUUAGGCAUUGUCCCUUUGAUUUACAUAAGCUACCACGGCGCUCUCGUCUGCAUUGUGAAGCUGUUCGUGGGUAGCAAACACAUCUACCCACAAGGAACUUUCUGAUUGGCUAAAACGUCUCGCUUUUCGCGCCUUCAGAACUUGUUGCCGUGAGACAAAAGACGAAGGGAUGGUAUUUUAACGGUGGUUUGUAACAUGUGAAGUGAAUACCUCUGACUUCCUCAUGGCCGAGAAAAUACACCGAGAAACUAAACGCCUUUUAAUACGGAGUUUCUUUUUUAUACUUUAUCUCGUAAUGGGAAUGGUAGUUUUUCGCUUUUUAGAAUCUGGCCACGAGAAGAAGGAAAGAGAGCAAGUACAGAAGGAUAUUCAAAGAAUACGGCACAAGUUUAACAUUAGUCGAAAAGAAAUGAAGGAGUUUGUCGAUGUGGUUCAGAAGGCAGCGAGCUUCGGCCUUACACAGGAUUGGCUAGAGAAAUGGAGUUAUACCGGCUCGCUGUUUUUCAGCGGUACUGUCAUAACAACUAUUGGAUAUGGCCACCUCUCUCCUGAGACGUUCUUCGGACGAAUCUUCUGCAUGUUAUAUGCCUUAUUUGGCAUUCCGAUCACGUGGUUAAUGCUAACCUCACUUGGGAAGAAAAUUGUAGAACACAUCUCUUCUUUUCUCCAGGGAUUCUCCAGUUCCUGUUGCAACACGCAAAGCAAGAGCUUUAAUUUUUUCUGUCUCCUCGCUGCCAUUGGCUUAAGUUUCGUCGUCAUGGUAAUCGUUGCCAUAGUAGGAAUCUUUAGUGAGAAUUGGACUUUCUUUGAAGGUUUUUAUUUUGCGUUUAUUAGUCUGACUACUAUAGGAUUCGGGGACUAUGUACCUCUGCAUCCCAACGUGGAUCAUAAAGACAUCGAGAAGUCCUCUUUUAGGAUUAGCCUUUUUGUCCUAUUUUGCAUGUUCUUGUUUUCGUUUGGGCUCGCAGUGACCACGAGCGUUUUGUUAUCUAUACGUAAAAUCAUGGAGGACCACACGAUCUUAGGCUUUCAAGCUUUGUACAGCACUACUUCUGACGAGGAAGAAGAGAGGGUAGCUGUAAACCAUGAGCCUACCAGUGCAGAGCGAAAAAGGUCCCGAAAUAGAUUGAGUUCAAGGAGCAUUGACUUGACAGUGAUGUGGUUCACAGAGAGCUCUAAAAAUCUUUGUGUUCAAAUGGCACUCUUUUUAUCAUACAUUUUUCUAGGAGCUGUAAUUUUUCAAGCGUUGGAAGCCAAAAAUGAGAUGGCGGAGAGAAGGGCGAUGUCGUUUGCCAGAUUAAAGUUCCAGCAGAGAUAUAACAUCAGCGACGAAGACAUGAAAGUUUUUCUCGAGAGGAUCGAGGAGAUUGUUGACCACGGUUUCAGCAGAGAGUGGAGUCGUCGUUGGAGUUUACUUGGCUCUUUGUUCUUCGCUGGAACAGUAGUUACAACAAUAGGGUAUGGUCACGUGACCCCGUGCACAAUCUCGGGACGAGUUUUCUGCAUUUUCUACGCUCUGGUGGGAAUACCACUGACCUGGCUUCUCCUCUCUACGCUGGCUCAAGGCGUCAAUAAUAUGAUCUGUGCGAGCAUCCGCUAUCUGUACGACCGAUUCUCCCGUACACAGCCUUCCCGCGUCGGGCUCAAGUGCGCUCUGGUCACUUCCUGUAUCAGCAUGAUCAUGAUCUUGAUCAUUGCCACCUUUGCACAUUACCUCGAGGGCUGGUCAUUCUUCAAUGGAAUCUACUUUGGCUUCAUCACCUUGACAACCAUAGGGUUUGGCGACUUUGUGCCACUCCACCCCUCCCCUGAUAAAGACCCCGAGUCGUAUCCAGCCCACGUGGUUAUCUUCACCAUCAUGAGCAUCAUCUAUUUCACCAUCGGCCUCGCUCUCGUCUCCAGCGUUCUGCUUUCUGUCAGAAAUGCAUUCGAAGAAAAGUCGAUUGACGGGUUUCAGAUCAUCAAAGACCAGGGGGACGAGUGUGAUAAGAAAAGGCUACCAGUCUAUGGGGAGUAGGGUGGGCAAAGUUUGUCAUGCUAUGGGGAGUAGGAUGGGAAAAGUUUGCCACACUAUGGGGAGCAGGGUGGGCAAAGUUUGCCAUACUAUGGGGAGUAGGGUGCGCAAAGUUUGCCAUACUAAGGGGAGUAGGGUAGGUAAUGUUUGCCAUACUAUGGGUAGUAGGGUGGGCAAAGUUUGCCAUACUAAGGGGAGUAGAGUAGGUAAAGUUUGCCAUACUAUGGGGAGUAGGGUAAGCAAAGUUUGCCAUACUAAGUAGGGUAGGUAAAGUUUGCCAUACUAUGGGACGUAGGGUGGGCAAAGUUUGCCAUACUAAGGGAAGUAGGGUAGGUAAAGUUUGCCAUACUAUGAGGAGUAGGGUAAGCAAAGUUUGCCAUACUAAGGGGAGUAGUGGAGGUAAAGUUUGCCAUACUAUGGGGAGUAGGGUAAGCAAAGUUUACCGUACUUUGGGGAGUAGGGUUGGUAAAGUUUGCCAUACUAUGGGACGUAGGGUGGGCAAAGUUUGUCAUACUAAGGGGAGUAGGGUAGGUAAAGUUUGCCAUACUAUGAGGAGUAGGGUAAGCAAAGUUUGCCAUACUAAGGGGAGUAGUGGAGGUAAAGUUUGCCAUACUAUGGGGAGUAGGGUAAGCAAAGUUUACCGUACUUUGGGGAGUAGGGUUGGCAAAGUUUGUGAUACUAUAAGGAGUAAGCUAGGCAAAGUUUGCCAUACUCUGGGGAGUAGGGAGAUGGGGAAAGUGGCCAAAAAGUUUGCAAUUAUUAAGGUGGAUGGAAAAUGAUAAGCAAACCACGAGCACAACAGUGAGAGAUAAACAUUUUAAACAGCUAACGCUUGAUGCUAGAACAAUCAGGGAACAAAGAUACGAGCCUUGUGUCGACUUAAUCAGCAAUCCAUUGUCACGGUCGUGGAAAGCGAACCAUUACGAGCUGCUGUAAUGUCGGUCACCAGCCGUAUCCGUGAGCACGAACUGGGGAUCGUAUGACCGCCAGAGGACCGCAUCGCCAAUUCAGAAAUAACGUAUCGAUGCCUAAAUGGACGUGUCAUUGUCCUUAUUUUAUAACGGAAAAGAGUGUUUUUACCAAAUAUGUCCACACUUAGAACAUUUGUGAGGUUGACCGUUUAUGAGGCUCAUAAGAAAAGUUGAGAAACUUAAAGGGACUACGUCAAUCUUCCUUUAGCAUUUUUUUUUACAAAUUAAAAUUAAAAUAAACACAAAAGAAUA